AUGUGUUACUAUGGCAGCUACUAUGGAGGCCUGGGCUAUGGCUGUGGAGGCCUAGGCUGUGGCUAUGGCUGUGGCUGUGGCUAUGGCUGUGGCUGUGGCUGUGGCUGUGGCUAUGGCUGUGGCUAUGGCUGUGGCUGUGGCUAUGGCUGUGGCUGUGGCUGUGGCUAUGGUGGCUAUGGUGGCUAUGGUUAUGGCUGCUGCUGCCCACUGUGCUGUAGAAGAUACUGCUGCUGUGGCUUCUACUGA